UAAACUCUGGAAAAAAAGGACAAGACAAUAAAAUGCUUGGAAUAGACUGUUAAUAUUCGCGACGUGUAACACCGGCACCUGCAGUUUGUUAUUCGUGUUUAUCGAUUGCUCUUCGGUAUUUCAUUGCUAUUGUUUCAGCUAGAUUCGCCAAUUUCUGAGGACUUUGAUAUUAAAAAGCAUAUGUGCACACGUAGAAUCGAGGAGUUGAUUAUUGUGGCAAAAUGUCGUGGCGGGCAUCGAUGGAGAAUUUUAGGAUUGUCUGCUAGAGCGCAAUAUCGGAUCUCUACGAAUUUUACGUGCAAUUAAUUAUUGUAAGCAACGAUUUCCCAAGACUUUACGAGUACAAUCUCGAUAUUGCAUUCAAAUGGAUGUUUUUGACUAAAUUACAAGUCUUUUUAAUUGCUCUUAAUUAAUGCUUUUGGUGGGACGAUGGACUCUGCUACAGAAUUAGAGCAUAUUGAAAAAUUAGCGAAAGAAGCGGAAUCUCUUAAAAUUCGUCUCGAAGAUGAAAGACAAAAACUAAACGAUGUUACUCUUGCCGCAGUUGCAGAGAGAUUGGAACCAAUUAGUUGUAUAAAUGUAAAACAUAGACGAGUUUUAAAAGGUCAUCAAGCAAAAGUAUUAUGUUCUGAUUGGUCUCCGGAUAAACGGCAUAUAGUUUCUUCAUCGCAGGAUGGAAAAAUGAUAAUAUGGGAUGCAUUUACAACAAAUAAGGAACAUGCGGUAACUAUGCCAACAACAUGGGUUAUCGCUUGUGCCUACGCUCCAAGUGGACAGCUCGUUGCUUGUGGUGGCCUCGACAACAAAGUGACCGUUUACCCUCUAAGCCUCGAGGACGACGUAUCAACCAAGAAGAAGACCGUCGGCACGCACACGUCGUACAUGUCUUGCUGUGCCUUUCCAAACAGCGAUCAGCAGGUGCUAACGGGUAGCGGUGACAGCACCUGUGCUUUAUGGGACGUCGAGAGCGGACAAUUGCUACAAAAUUUUCACGGGCACUCGGACAGUGUUAUGUCUAUAGAUCUGGCGCCCAGCGAAACGGGUAAUACAUUCGUAUCGGGCAGCUGCGACAAAUUAGUCUUCAUAUGGGAUAUGAGAAGUGGCCAGUGCGUUCAGAGCUUCGAGGGACACGAGUCCGACGUCAAUUCGGUGCGAUUCCAUCCAAGUGGCGACGCGGUAGUCACAGGCUCGGACGACGCGACCUGUCGGCUCUUCGAUCUCCGGGCCGACAAGGAGGUCGCCGUCUACACCAAGGAGAGCAUAAUCUUCGGAGCUAAUGCAGUGGAUUUGUCGGUGAGCGGGCGAUUGUUGUUCGCUGGCUAUAACGACUACACCGUCAACGUAUGGGACACGCUCAAGUGCCAGCGCGUGGCGCUCCUCUACGGCCACGAGAAUCGAGUCUCGUGUCUGCGCGUCUCGCCCGACGGCACCGCUUUAUCUACCGGCAGCUGGGACACAACAUUGCGCGUCUGGGCUUAAAUGUUAAGUCAGUCCCGUGACAGGGAGAGAUGUAGAUCGUCGUUCUUUCGUUUUGACAGGCCUUCGGUUCUAGAUGCAUCUGCUGCUGAUCCAAUUAUAGGCUUGACAGACUAUUGGUUAUUGUCCUUUCGUUUAGCGUUUCGCUUUUCGCUAUUUCGUUCGUACGUUUUUGUGAAAUACCUGCAAUUUUACAUUCCUCCUGCUACGGCCAUAUUAUUAUGGAAUUCGAUGCUGCUUUCAAUAGAUUUAGAAUAGAAUGAUAUAGAAAUGAUAGAAACGAUGUUCUUAGUUGACGAUGGGCUCAGUUAAUCCCUCGAUCUGGUUCAAUCUCGUGCUGGAUUACUGUCCUACUGUCCCUAAAUAAUUCAUUAACGUGUAUAUUUUUUUAUAAUUAUCUGACAUUUUUUACAUUCGAUCAAUUCGACGUUUGAUGAAUAAUACCAAGAAAAUUGAUAAUUCGAUACAUAAUUAUGUAUACCAAUAAUAAUUAUUGAA